AUGGAGCUUUUUCUUGAAUUGCAGGUCUGGCUCAAGGCCAAGCCAGAGGUCGGAAUUUUCAUGCUGCAGGAGACGCAUUGGUCUCUUCAAGGAGAGUGGACCUCGGGGGACUGGUAUAUUCUGCAUAGUGCUGCCUCCAAGCCUAAACAGGGCGGUCUUCUUUUGGGGAUCCGUAAGGAUUUACUGACUGGAGAUCAUCACAGCUGGAAUGAGAUAGUGCCUGGCCGAUUGCUCCACUGGCGAGGACACUUGGGCAAACAGCAGGUUGAUCUCUUCAACCUGUAUCAGCACUCUCUUUCCUACCACAAUGAUGAUCAGAAAAAGACAGUGAUGGGCCACAGGAAGACCCUGUGGCAGCAACUUGACAAGGCCAUUGCUGCACUCCCGUUUCGAACCUCUAUCAUUUUGAUGGGUGACUUCAAUAUGGUGAUGCAGCCUCAUACCAAAGUGGCCGGGUUUGGAAUCCACUCUGGGAAUAAUGUCAUGGAUCUUCGUCAGGAACGAGCAGAAGUUAUGGAGAUGCUGGACAGACACAGGCUUACGGCUUUGAACACAUGGGGGCGCAAAACCUACACCUACAAGCACCCCUCUGGCAACUCCCAAAUUGACUAUGUGGUCAUCCGGCAACAGCAUGCCGACCAUGGCUCCAAAGGCUGCACUACGAUCCAGGCGCCGGUGGCAGGAUGGCGUACUUCGGGACAUGAGAUCCUCCAGGCCAGCAUCCGGCAAUCGUGGCAGCCAUGGAAAUCUGAGAGUAGCCCGCCCAAAGCUUCCAGUACGACCGCCCCAUCACAGCAGAAGCUCCGGCUGGAUGCUCAACCCUCCAUUGGCAUGUUGCAGGUUGCACCCAUUCUUCAGCAGGUUGCUGUGAACACUGUCUGUAGCAGCACGCCGUGUAUUCCUGCUGGCUGGUCACAAGUUCAGUUGGCCUGGCUUCCGAAGCCGGGAAAGAGCACAGCUAACCCAGCAAAUUUGCGUACCAUUGGUUUGAUGGGAGGGGACACCAAAGCAUGGCUGUGUAUCCUGAAGAAGCAUGCAAACCCUUUUGUGCAACAAGCGCUGCAGGACGUGCCGCAGUAUGCAUAUCGUGCUCAGGCCUCCACUGCGGAUCCAUUACUGCGCGCCAGUCAACACUGUCAACAGGUUCGCAAAAUGUUGGAUGGUUGCUUGGAUGACCGCACCUCACGGCUCCUGCAACAAAAGCAGCCUUUGCUGCUUGGAGGCAUGAUGGUCAGCCUAGAUCUCUCCAAGGCUUUUGAUUCCCUCACCCACGAGGAAAUGUAUCUGGCCUUAACUGACACUGGAAUGCCGACACACUUGGCCAAUGUUCUUGUUCGAAUUCACAUUGAGACUAAGCUUCAUAUUGUUCACAAGGGACACCAACAGACGGUUGGAAUGGGAAGUGGACUAAGGCAGGGAUGUGGAGUAGCCCCCAUGAUCUAUGCAGCCUGGACGUGUCGCCUAUGUAAACAAAUUUCUCAAGAGCUCGGACAAGGUUGGCCGCAGCAGCAUGUUUCCAUAUAUGCCGAUGAUAAGCAUGGUUUCUGGCAGCUUCGGUGUCCGGCAGAUCUGGACAAGGCCAGGCGAGAAUUGGGACAACUCAUCCACGUUAUAACUCGUCUUGGAAUGACAGUGAACAGCUCAAAGUCCAAGAUUGUCAUUGCCCUAAAGGGCAAAUUACACCUGAAGAAGAUGCAUCAGAUAACCAAGCAAUGGAAUGGACAACAGUGUUUGAUGAUUCCGUAUGCAGGCAGCACUCUUUACAUUCCUGUGCACUCUACGCUUGAAUACCUGGGAAUGCGCCUGGGCUACGGCAAAUUUGAAGUUCAGGCGGCGCAACACCGGGUCCAGCAAGCACACAUUGCCUUCAAUCAGCUCAAGGUUCUGCAAAGCGCUGGCAUUGAUGUCUAUGCUGACCUCAGCAAGCGAAUGGAGGCUCAACUUCGAGCUUUGAAGAUGGAUACUGCCAGUAUGUGCUCUGCAGUCAAGGCGGAAAUUGCCAGUGGGGGUGAUGUUCACCAGCUACUAGCGCGCCUUGACCAGGACAGCGUGGAACCUACACUGGGUGAUUCGCAAGCAGAGCGGCAGCAGGAGCGCUAUGCUUAUGUGCAACCCGCGGCUCCAAAACAGGACAAGUCGAAUCCUCAGUACAAAACCUAUGUGGCACCGAUUGUGCAUCCACUUUGGACCCUACAAGACCUCACUCGGUUGCUCAUCAACGGGUCCUAUGUCAUCCGUGGUCGAGCCCGUUGCAUCAGCUAUGUCUUCACCACCAACAGGCUCAGCGCUUACACUCAGUACAGUGGGACGCCCGGAAAUUUGGUCUUGCAGGGUUGCAACUUCGAGCUCAAGGAGACAUCCGAUCCCUAUGCCCAUACCUCCACAGCUCCAUCCGCGAUGGAAGAAGAUGCGGUUAGCAAGUUUGAGGACGAUAUGUUCAAAUUUUAUUUUCCUGCGGGAAUAGAAGCUGCGAGCACUGCGCCCUCCUCCGAGUCCCGAAUCGGCGAGGGACGGGAACACAAGGCAGCAAAGAUCGGGGCGGGACAGAAAGGACAGAAUAGGGGAAAGGGCUCGCAAAAGGAGGAUGAUCCAUGGGCUGGAUGGGGCAGAUCCAAACGCUCCUUUGGUGACAGCUGGCAGCAGAGCUCUUGGGAGGGCCACGACUCCCAAGAUCGGAGAUCCCGGGCCGAUCUCAUGGAGGAGAUUAAGGAGCUCAAGAGCAGUAUGUUUCAGCUGCAACGCCUGGCGCUGCGCCAUGAAGAUUAUUUGGGGGCCCUGAGACCCGAGACAUCCUAUGCGAUUUUCUGUCGCAUUGGAGUACCAGCCUCCAUAGAGCGUACCCAGGACAGUAUGAAGAAGCUUGGGUGGAUCUCGGAUGCUCCUAUGAAGUGGAACUACUUGAAAUGGGACCCCAAGGCUGAGCGCCUCAAGCAGGACACCAAGCGCGAAGGGAUUUCCUUUGAGCAAGGUGUGGCGGUUGUUGAAUCAAUCCUCGUGCUGGUGCAGAAGACGGGUCCUGUUACAAGGUUUCACCCCAGCAGAACUGUGGCAGAGGAGAUGCGUGGCUCCAACGUCACGUUCAGCAUGCAGCUUGCUUUGUAUGGAGAGGAGGCUCAUCAGCUUCGUCAACACAUGGCGACCUUGACGGGCUCAUCGAUCACUCAGCUGAUGGCUAUGGCUUGGAGGCCAGAACGCCCGGGACGCUCGAAUGUUGCAAAUUUGGUUCAGAAGACCAUGCAAAGUCCUGGCGGCAAGUGUCACCAGCAGAAACUUUGUGCAUUUUCUCCGCCCAGCUCAGAACGCGCAGAGUUGGAUCAUGCUGGAUUUCCUCUAGAAGUCACACAAGACUGGGACUGGCAAUCCCCGGAGCCGGACAAUUCGGCAGAGGCACUGGCGCAAGGAUGCUUGCGAGGCAAGUGGGUCUACUUCAGUCAGGUUCAUGUGGAUUCGCACAAUCAUCCCAUGAUCGACAACACUCUGAUACCACUGAGUGCAUGGCAGGGAGGUUUUCAGCUGCACUGUUUGGAUCGAGCUGUUGAGGAUCCAUAUCAA